AUGGACGAUCUCGUUGUUGGUGUGCUCGGAGGCGGCCAGCUUGGCCGAAUGAUGGUGGAGGCUGCCUCCCGGCUCAACAUCCAGGUGGCUGUCCUUGACAGUGACAAUGCUCCAGCCAAGCAAAUCAAUGCCGUUGCUGGCGAGAAGCACGUAACGGGAUCUUUCGCCAAAGCCGCUGAUGUCGAAGCACUCGCAGUCAAUUCAGACGUGCUAACGUAUGAGAUCGAGCACGUCGAUACCAAGAUCUUGGAGGAGUUGGAAGAGAAGCAAGCGACAAUUCCUGGCACGAAAUGGAAUAGAAUCCAACCCAGCUGGAGAACGGUGAGGACAAUCCAGGACAAGUUCAUCCAGAAGCAGCACUACGCAAAAUAUGACAUACCAACCUCGAAGUCCACAGCUGUUGGCACAUCUGAACCUCAGGGACUGAAAGAGAUUGCCGAUAAGCUGGGCUACCCUCUCAUGCUCAAGUCUAGAACUGAAGCCUACGAUGGCCGAGGCAAUUACCCUGUCAAAUCAGUAUCAGACAUCGAGCCCGCUCUGCAGGCUCUCUCAAACAGACCCCUUUACGCCGAACAGUGGGCAAAUUUCGUGAUGGAGCUUGCCGUUAUGGUUGUGAAGACAUCACAGGACGUUUCGACAAACUACGAAACCUGCACUCUGGCCUAUCCCACCGUCGAAACCAUUCAUGAAGACAGCAUAUGCAAGCUUGUCUACGCUCCCGCGCGUGGCGUGCCCCGAAGAAUCUUCAAAGACGCUCAAGACCUCGCCCGUCGCGCCGUUGCCACCUUCCCAGGCACCGGCGUCUUCGGCGUGGAGCUCUUCCUCCUGCCUGAUGAUUCCCUGGUAAUCAACGAGAUCGCGCCCCGACCACACAACUCCGGCCAUUACACCAUCGAUGCAUGCCACAUGUCACAAUACGAAGCUCAAAUUCGCGCGGUCCUCCCCAAUCUCGCCCCUACGAUCGCUCCAGGCUCAACUGACCUGGCUGUCACUGCCGCCGUCAUGCUCAACAUUCUUGGCGGUCCGCAGCCAGAUUCACAUCUCCUGGUUGCCAAGCAAGCGGCCACGAUCCCUGGCGCGCGCGUCCACCUCUAUGGAAAGGGCGCCGGCCGCCCCGGCCGCAAAAUGGGUCACAUCACCAUAACUGGCUCAUCAAUGUUCGAGUGUGAAACCAAAAUCCACCCUCUAGUCCAGCUAGUGAAUGCUAUCCGCGCGAAAAGAGGUAACGCGUCCGCUUCCAACCAGUCCAUACUUUCCGCCGCAGGUGAUCUCAUCAAGACCAAUCCUACGCCGAGCCCCUCGCCCGUCAUCGCCGUGGUCAUGGGCUCCGACACGGACCUUGCAACCCUCAAGCCCGGCCUGCAAUUCCUCGACGACAUGGCCAUCCCAUACCUCGUCACCAUCACUUCAGCCCACCGUACCCCACAGCAUAUGCUCAACUUCGGCAAAGCCGCCGCUAGCCGCGGCAUCAAAGCCAUCAUCGCGGCCGCCGGAGGCGCUGCGCAUUUGCCUGGCAUGAUGGCUUCGGUGACGUCUGUGCCUGUCAUUGGCUGCCCCGUCAAGGCGAGCAGCCUGGACGGGCUGGACAGCUUGCUCAGCAUCGUGCAGAUGCCAAGAGGCGUUCCGGUUGCGACGGUCAGUAUUGGGAACAGCACGAAUGCGGCGUUGCUGGCGGCGCGGAUUGUGGGAACCAGUGAUGCGAGGAUUCGGGAAUGGGUGGAGGCGCAUUUGGAACGGAUGGAUCGCGAGAACAUGGCUAAAGCUACCAACUUGGAAGAGAAAGGCUGGAAGGACUAUGUGCGGGUGGAGAGUUGGGAGAAGAAAUGA